AUGAAAACGACUGAUAGAUUCACUCGCGGCGCCAGUGUCUCUCAAGUAUGGCGUCAUAUCAAUUGCACUUCCAUCCGCUCGUACUCCUCGUUGCUAAGCGGUUCUCGAAGUGUUCGCAUUGUCGAAGUAGGACCAAGGGACGGAUUGCAGAACAUCAAGGAAUCUAUUCCAACGGCUACGAAGAUCGAAUUGAUUCACCGCCUCGCUGGCACUGGACUCCGUGACAUUGAAGCGACGUCGUUUGUGUCUCCAAAAUGGGUACCGCAACUCGCAGAUGGGGCCCAGGUUAUGAACAACAUCAUCCCGUUUGCUCAGCAACAUCACCAAGACCUCGAUAUCCAGUUCCCUGUGCUCGCCCCGAACCUGAAAGGUCUCACAAAUGCAAACAAAGCCGGUGCCAAAGAGAUUGUGGUCUUUGCAUCAGUGACGGAGGCCUUUAGCAAGGCAAAUCAAAAUUGCACCAUCGCCGAGGCCCUGGCCCAAGCCGAGAUGGUUACUAAACAGGCUUUGAGCCUUGGGAUCAAAGUUCGAGGAGUGGUAUCUUGCAUCUUUUCAGAUCCAUUUUCCGGACCAACACCGCCUGAAGCCGUCUUACCCGUCGUCCAGCGGCUUCUCGACAUGGGCUGCUACGAAGUUGGCCUCGGAGACACCUUAGGUGUUGGGACUCCCAAAGACACUGGAAAGUUGCUUGACAUCUUACUGCGCGAGAUCCCCCCAGAAAAACUAGCCGGCCACUUUCACGACACCUAUGGCCAAGGGAUAGCUAACAUAGUCCGAGCGUACGAAAUGGGCAUUAGAACCUUUGACAGUAGCGUUGCUGGGUUAGGCGGUUGUCCAUAUGCCCCUGGAGCCAAGGGAAAUGUGGCCACAGAGGACGUGGUCUAUACCUUUGAGAAAGCAGGGAUAAAUACCGGCAUAAAUCUCGACAAGCUGGUUACUGUUGGGCAAUGGAUUUCGAAUGAGAUCAAAGUCCCGUACGGAAGCAGGGCCGGCGCGGCACUGGUCUCAAAGUUUGCGACGUCUUCAAAAACUCCAGAAGUUUCCAAAACGCCGAGAUCAUGGGAGGUAGUGGAGGACACGGGCGAAUAUCGCGUCUCUCGUGCGGGAACUGCCAUGAAGAUUACGCUAACCCGUCCUAAGAACGGCAAUGCAUUGACAGAUGCAAUGCUCGAAGGAUUGACAAACUUGUUUCGAAAACUCGCCAAGGAUCCGUCUGUUUAUCACGUUGUCGUGGCAUCCGAAGGAAAGUUCUUCUGCACCGGGAUGGAUCUGAGCGGUGGUACGAAUACGACCAACAUAUCCGACGACUCCAGCUACUUUUCCAAGGUCCUGAACUUGUACGACGCCAUUGAUCAUGUCCCGCAGACAACUAUCGCUGUGGUCGAUGGGCCUUGUUUUGGUGGUGGUGUAGGACUGACGUUUGUUUGUGAUGUGCGUCUAGUGUCAUCUCGUGCUCGCUGGACUCUCAGCGAGGUUAAGAUCGGGGUCAGCCCUUCCGUCAUUUCCAAGUUUAUGAUUAGAGAAUGGGGCGUAUCAGUGGCUCGAGAGGCUAUGCUUUCUGGAAGAGAGCUCAGCCCAGAGGAACUACACCGCACGGGAGCUAUUCACUCAAUCAGCAGCAGCAAGGAGUUGUUGGAUGCAAAGCUCGAGGAUUAUCUGGAUCAACUCGAAAGAUGUGCGCCUCGGCAACAUAUGGGGAGAUGA